AUGCGGUUUGCGCCCACUGGCUUACGAAGCCUCUCACUAGCCGCUGUUCUCACACAAGCGGCUGUAGCAGCUGCAAACCCCCUACAGCACAAGGCCGCAAAGGCACCCGUGGUCAACGGCACUGCGCCACUGCACCAGGGCACCGUCCACGGCUUCGUCGACGCCUAUGGAAACUCGGUCUUUCUGGGAAUCCCGUUUGCCGCCACCACGGGGGGAGAGAACCGGUGGCAGCCGCCUAAAGAUGCUAACAAGCUGAAGAAGGGCCAUGUCCUGGACGCCGCCCACUACGGCCCAACUUGCCCGCAGGCCAUGGCCAAUCCAGACUACGCUCCUCAAGGCGAGGACUGUCUGAACCUCAACAUCUGGGUGCCUCCUCCAAGAGUCCAAUCACAAGCUCCAGAGAACGCUGGCCUUCCCGUCUUCGUGUACAUGUAUGGAGGCGCCAUGGUGACGGGCUCGAGCAGCGACCCCCGCUACAUAGGCACCAACUUUGCCAGCUCGGGCGUCGUCUUCGUCAGCUUCAACACGCGCGAGAGCACUUAUGCCUACCCCAACUCAGCCGAGCUACGGGAUACGAAGUCGAAUGAGUCGCAAAACUUUGGCAUCCUCGACGUCGACAAGGCCCUGCAGUGGGUGCGUGACAACAUUGCCCAGUUCGGAGGCGAUCCUGACCAUGUCGUCUUUGGAGGCCACUCGUCUGGCUCCGUCAUGGUCGAUUACUACCUGUGGAACCACCCGGAUACCUGGCUCGCGGGAGCGGUUCAGAUGGCCGCCAACGCCAAGAGCGGCCCAGCUUAUGCUCCUACCAAUCAAGUCCUGGACAUUGUUGCUCAGGAGGUCCAGUGCCCGACGGGCAAAGGCCAGCUCGACUGCCUCCGCAAAGUGGACAUGUAUGCCUUACAGACGGCAUCCUUCAACGCCAGCCUCAACACAUAUUUUACCCCUGUCGUGGACAACAUUACUCGCUUCCAAGACUUGGAGGCGCGCUUCGCCGCUGGCAAGUAUGCCUCGCACGUUCCUCUUCUAACUGGCAACUCCAACCAUGAGGGUUCCGUAUUCGGUUUCGUAUACGGCUCGGAGAACACAAACUUCAGUCAGUGGAUCAGGACGUUUGACGCCGACAUUGCAGAAGUCCCAUACAGCCUCGUCGAGUCCGCCUACAACAUGUCCGACUACGCCAGCGUCUCCGCCAUGAGCGGUGCCCAGUACGGCGACGCGCGCUUCUUCUGCCCUGUCGACCAUCUGCUUGACCUGCGCAGCGAGAAGCAGGACACAUGGAUCUACCGCUUCAUGGCCGAGUACUCCAACACGAUUCCUCUCCCCGCACAGGUACCCACCCACGGCGGCGAGAUCCCCUUUUACUUUGGCGGCAAGGAUGUCUUUUCGCGCGCGGGCGUCGUCAAUGUCACCGCCGAGGAACAGGACCUCGCCGACUACCAGCACGCAUGGUUUGUCAAGUGGAUCAAGAACCCAAAGGCAAGUCCCGGAUGGGCCAAGGCCACGCCCAAGACCGGUUCCCUUGGACUACUCGGCAUGCGGGGAAACGAGCUCCAGAUUGAGCAUGGCUCCACGGCCGACUACAACGCAAGGUGUCAGGCCAUAUACAACCCGUAUUUGCCCCUGUACCCUGUUGUACAGAGCAUCCAUGCAGGCGGUGCACAGUAA